AUGGGCCUUCUAGCCAUUCCUGUGUUUCUCCCAGCCGGCAAUGUUGAAGCCAUCGAUGCCUACUUCUUUGGCGCCAGCGCCUCGACCGAGUCUGGCCUAAACACGCAAGUUACGCCCCAAUACAAAUAUGCGAACUGGAUUGCUACAAGACAGUUGCUUACCGUUAUCAGGGUGGACGUCAAAGACCUCCAACUCUAUCAGCAGCUCUACAUUUACUUCAUCCCUAUGUUCACAAAUCUCGGUUUCAUCAAUGCGUUGACGGUCCUUGUCCGGCUUAUCUGGUUCCGAAAAUACCUCAAAAAGGCUGCUCCUCAGUUGUUGGAGCGAUAUCGUGGCGUUGAAUCGCCUCUACAGCGCCUCGGUUACAUAAAGAAUAUCUCCCAAGGUAUCAUCCUUAAGAAUAGUGUCGCACCGGAAACGGACAUGCCUCAAGAGCAAGCCGGCAGAGACGACACAUCACACAUCGAGUUUGAAGAACACCCCAUGCCUACGAGAGAUGCUUCUGGACCACACAUUACGAUUGACGAUUCUUCCAAGCCUACUAGAGACGACUAUGUCCUGCGCAUCCCGUCACCCCGAGACCGCGACGAAGGAAAAUCAUUCACUGAGUUGUCUCGCCAUCCCACAGAGAGCGACAAUGAGAUCUCUGCUAUAGAUGGGACUUUGCACCCAAACCCAUCCAUCAACGACGUUCGCAAACGGGUCUCAAACGCCUCGCCCCGCUCUCUGUCCCGAGAAAGCGUCACAGGCGUUGCCCAUAUUGCAAAGUCCAUGCUGAUUCUGGAUGCUGACUCGACCCAUAACCUAGAAAGGCGCCGCUCGGCACAGGUCCGCGAUGAAACUCUUGGUCUGUCGCACUUCGCCACCAUCGGCCGCAACUCUGAAUUCAACAACAUGACCAGGAGCGACUGGGAGAAGCUUGGCGGUACCGAGUACCGAAGCCUUAAACUCCUUUUAAAGAUUGUCGUCGGUUACUUCUUUGGUCUUCACCUCUUCGGUGCCAUCUGCGUUGUGGGUUGGAUUCAAUAUGCCGAUCCCAAGUACAAGGAGUUCCUGGCCUCAACCGGCUCAAAUAUGAACUGGUGCAAUCAAGGAGGAGCACAACGUAGAGAUAGACGCAAAAAGCAAGACUUGUCGGUUGUCGGAGCUGACCUCUUUGACGUUUCUAGGGCCUUCUAUUCUGCUCAGACGAUGGUUGAUAAUUUGGGUUUCACCCUGACACCCGAUUCCAUGAUUUCAUUUCGAGAUGCAAUCUGGCCUAUGAUUAUCUUUAGUUUCCUUGCCUUUGCCGGAAAUACUCUCUAUCCCGUAUUUCUACGUCUCGUGAUCUGGACCAUGUCUAAGAUCGUACCCAGGACAUCGCAAAUGCAGGAGCCUCUGUUAUUCCUCCUUAACCACCCCCGCCGAUGUUACACUCUUCUCUUCCCAAGCCGACCUACCUGGAUCCUUUUUGGUAUCAUCUUCGCUCUGAACUUUAUUGACACGCUGCUUAUUAUUGUCCUCGAUUUGGAUAAUCCCGAGGUUGCGGCCCUACCAGCAGGCCAGCGUCUGUUUGCUGCCAUUUUCCAGGCUGCCUCUUCUCGCCACACCGGUACCGCGACCUUUAACCUAGCCAAUGUAAACCCUGCUGUGCAAUUUAGCCUGAUGGUCAUGAUGUACAUUGCCAUCUUCCCAAUCGCAAUCAGCAUUCGUGCAUCCAACACAUAUGAGGAGAAAUCCCUCGGCAUCUGGGAACAAGAAAGUCAUCUGGAUGAGAUCCAUGGCCGCUCGUACCUGAUGAGGCAUCUUCAAAAUCAGCUCAAUUUCGAUCUCUGGUAUAUUUUCCUUGGGAUCUUCUGCAUAUGCAUUGCUGAGGCCGGGAGGAUCGCAGAUACGACUGAACCACUUCUCAACCUCCAGUCAUAG